AUGAUACCUCGAACCCUCUCAAUUCUUGCAUUGGCCAUCAGCGCCCUCGCUGUCGUCCCACCACCCCAAUCACCACUUGAGCCUACCGUCCUCGACCCGUACGCGUCAAAAGACCUCCUGUACCUCCACCGCAAACUCGUCAAAACUGAAUCCAUAACUGAAAACGAGAAAGAUGUUGGCGACUGGCUUGCCAAAUAUCUCCGCGCACACGAUUGGACCGUCGAGAAGCAGGAAGUAUCCAAAGACCGAUACAACCUCUUAGCCUACGGCAGCAAGCGCGAAACUACGAUCGUACUAUCAUCGCAUAUCGACACGGUGCCACCGUACUGGCCGUACUACUACAAUGAGACGACCGACAUCAUUGGCGGCAGAGGCAGCGUGGAUGCGAAAGGCAGUGUCGCACCCAUGAUCACCGCAGCGCAAGGCAUAAAAGGGCAUCUACAAGACGAUAUAUCCUUGCUCUUCGUCGUUGGUGAAGAAACAGGCGGCGACGGCAUGCGCGCUUUCAGCGACUGGGACAAGCGCCCAUCGUCACACGAGAUCGUCAUCUUUGGAGAGCCCACGGAAGCGAAACUCGUUUGUGGACAUAAGGGCAUGCUGGGCUUCUCGGUCAAAGCCACGGGCAAAGCGGCACAUUCAGGAUACCCGUGGUUGGGCGUCAGCGCAAAUGACAUCAUGGUGGAGGCACUGGGCGAGCUCCUCAAGCUGAGGGAGCACCUCCCUUGGAGCAAGAAAUACGGCAACACGACUAUGAACUUUGGACGCGUACAGGGUGGUGUUGCAGCCAACGUUGUCGCCGAAACCGCGACUGCAAACAUCGCGACGCGCCUCGCCGCCGGAACCCCCGAUCUCGUUCGCGGACAAAUUAUCGACGCACUCAAGGACGUCAAGGCCGCCGCGCAGAAGGAAGGCGGAGAUCUGGAAGUACAAUGGGGAAGCGAGGGAUACGGAGUUGUGGAUAUAAACUGUGAUAUUGAGGGCUUUGAGACAAUGACUGUCAACUACGGGACGGAUGUGCCAUGGCUCUCUGGUGACCACAAGAGGUACCUGUACGGUCCAGGCUCUAUUUUCGUCGCGCAUUCAGAUCACGAGGCGCUGAAGAGGAAAGAGCUUGAGCAGGCUGUUCUAGAUUAUCGUCGCCUCAUUAUCAAGGCGACAGAGGUCAGGGAGAAGGAGCGACAAAUGCAGAGCGAAGACCAGAUUGAGCUAUAA